AUGAUUGCCUUGACAUCCUUUCAGCGAGACGGAGUUCAGACAAUUAGGGAUUGUCGAGAUGCCUAUCUGAAGUAUUCUGCAACAUCUGAUACAAAUGACGGACAGGGAACUGCACUUGCGAUGGAGUCAACAUUGCCAGACUCAUGUCCGCCCAUUAGUGUACCAUCGCAUUCAAAGAGGAAGUUAGUUUGUAAACCAAAAACUGCAUCAUUAUUCAACACAGGAACCAAUUCAUCUACCAGUGUAUCUACUUCAGCUAAAUUGACAGCCCUUCCCUCUUUAUCUAUGACCUCUGAUUGGUGGGAUAAAGAUCCAGCAAACCCAACUCCAGCUGGAGGCAGAGUGUUGAAAUCGCUUAGACCAGGAAUGUAUACUAAACUUUCCAGCAAGUUUCCAAGACAAGCGUCGGUAGUCAAAAAAGAUAUAAAUGCAAUCUAUGUUGAUACAGACGAAUUUUCUGUUUCGACCGAAAAAGACGACCCAAGUAUGCAAUCUGAACUGGUCAUUCAUGUUUCUUUGUUCAAUCCCAAACGAUUUACUACAAAGAUUGCAUCGGUAAAGAUACUUGGUGGACAGACUCUUGCUGAUCUUCGGGAUGUUCUACUUUGUUCAAGCGAUUUGAUUUUGAUUGGAAACGAAGCUCAAAAUACACAGACAAGGCCAGGCUACUUUUUCAUUGAAAACACUUUUUAUGUGGAUCUUAGAGAUAACGCAGUAGACUGUAGCAGAGUGAUAAGAUCAUGGAUGGAAUUGGAUAAGGAGUCGUUUGGGAAUACAGAGAUCAAAGCAGCUCGAAUGGACGAGACAAAGCUGUGGCAGUUGUCGAUUGAGUUGAAUCAGGCAUAUCUGUACAUGCACCAAGGAAGUUGUGGCCAUCUGAUGACAUUUGACCAAAUUGGACUCUUUAAUCCCAACGUGGAUUCGAAAUACCGCAAAGACUAUCCUAUAUCUACCCCUAUUACUAAUAUAUGUAUGCCUAAAUGCCAUGUAUGCGGUGUAUUCUAUGCCAAAUAUGCUACAGUGGAUGAUCUGCAUACAGCAGAAACUCCUUCCAUCUGGUGUUUGGACUGCUUCAAUCAGUUUCAUUUGAAUCCGUCUGGACAACCACGAUAUAAUGUCCAGUUGAGGGAAAUUAAAGCUGUAUCUACGUAA